AUGACAGCCCACGAGAAGGAACCUUCUCCCACUAUAAUCACUGUCAGGCCUCCUGUGGUCCCCCAGGACUAUAUGAUUUGGUCAGUCUUCAACACCCUCUAUAUGAAUAUCUGCUGCCUGGGCUUUGUAGCUUUUGCAUAUUCUGUCAAGGCUCGGGAUCAGAAGGUGACUGGGGAUCUGGAAGCUGCUCAUCGCUAUAGUUCCAAAGCCAAAUGCUACAACAUCCUCGCCACAAUGUGGAGUGUGGUGCUGCCAUUGGUGCUCAUUGCUUUGGUGAUUACAGGGGUCCUUCACCUUUCCAAGCUGGCUCAGGAGUCCAUGGACUAUUUGGCUUACAAACUCUUCCCAGAGGAUAUUGAGGACAAAAAGUGA